AUGCAUCUCCCUGGUGCUGCCGCCGCCACCGCUACUGCCCUUGCCUCCGGGGUCCUGAUCCCGCUGUACAUUGACCCUGUGGGUGGGCCCCAAUGCUCCGGCUGGGCCUCUCUUCUGAACAGCAUAGAAGCCCACCCUCGUAUGCCCUUCUACGCCAUCAUCAACCCGGACAGCGGACCCGGAAGAGCAAACACUCAGCCCGGGGCAGAAUACCAGCAGUGCAUCCCAAUCCUGCAGGCCGCGUCCGACAACGUCAUCGUGCUUGGAUAUGUGGCAUCCUGGGACGCCGACUCCAGCAAGGUAUCUGGCGUCACCCAAGACGUCAACACAUAUGCUGGCUGGGAUGCGGCAUACAGGGUGGAUGGCAUCUUCUUUGACCAAGUUUCCGGCACCGCGGCCGACUUCAGCACGUACCAGAGCUUCGUCUCGCAUGCACGGAAAACAUUUGACUUCUUACGUGCCAUGGCUACGAUCGCGCUGAAUCCCGGCACUGCCGUGUCGGACACCGCGUACUAUAGUCUAGCGGACAUCUUGCUCACUGCAGAGAAUUUCUUCGACGAUUUCAGCCCCAGCCAGCUUUCACUUGGAUCAUCUACGCCGGCCUCAAAGCAGGCAAUUGUGCUGACCGACGGGCCGUCCACACCCCCGACGAGCCUGAUUUCUCAGCUGGUCACUACUGACGAGGUUGGGGCAUUCUGGGUCACCGAUGACACCCAAGCGAACGGCCAGAACCCAUACGACACUUUGCCCUCCGACAUCGAAGCCUUUGUCGAUGCCAUCAAGGCCGCACAGUCCUAA